CCAGACCUUUUCGGUCACGGCAGCCGUAGUAGCACCAGCCGUAAUGAUUUGCUUAAACUCCCUAAUUGCUUUUUAACGUCUCAGUUUUGAGUCGUAACAACCAUCAAUGAAAAAUCAAGCUUUGUACGCUACCUAUAAAUAUAGAAUUUAAUAAUUGCUUUCCGCUUAGUUUUUGGUUUUUGGUUUUCCUGUUCUCUCUUGAUAACGUUUUCUUACUAAGGUCUCGCUCAUUUUCUCAAACUCUUACAAGCUGCGAGGCCACGAACGCCGGAAGUGACAUUGGAUUUUUGCGUUUGACCGCUGUCAAAUCGUAAAAAUCUGGAGACCUAAUAACGUCGUAGCUUGUUAGAGAUAAAAGUAUGUCGCUCGUAAUUCGUAGUCAAAGACCCUAAUGCCUUCGCAUUAAUUCAUGUCUCUGGGACGUUAUAAUUAAGAAAAGAACAGAAAUGCUUCAGAAUUUUCAGGUCAUUUAUAUUAAUGAGAAUUUCCCUUUCUUUGCCAGAUCAACAUACGGGCGCCACUGCUUCAUCGCCAACACAGGAAAGUUGCGCAGAUCAACAUACGGGCGCCACUGCUUCAUCGCCAACACAGGAAAGUUGCGCAGAUCAACAUACGGGCGCCACUGCUUCAUCGCCAACACAGGAAAGUUGCGCAGAUCAACAUACGGGCGCCACUGCUUCAUCGCCAACACAGGAAAGUUGCGCAGAUCAACAUACGGGCGCCACUGCUUCAUCGCCAACACAGGAAAGUUGCGCAGAUCAACAUACGGGCGCCACUGCUUCAUCGCCAACACAGGAAAGUUGCGCAGAUCAACAUACGGGCGCCACUGCUUCAUCGCCAACACAGGAAAGUUGCGCAGAUCAACAUACGGGCGCCACUGCUUCAUCGCCAACACAGGAAAGUUGCGCAGAUCAACAUACGGGCGCCACUGCUUCAUCGCCAACACAGGAAAGUUGCGCAGAUCAACAUACGGGCGCCACUGCUUCAUCGCCAACACAGGAAAGUUGCGCAGAUCAACAUACGGGCGCCACUGCUUCAUCGCCAACACAGGAAAGUUGCGCAGAUCAACAUACGGGCGCCACUGCUUCAUCGCCAACACAGGAAAGUUGCGCAGAUCAACAUACGGGCGCCACUGCUUCAUCGCCAACACAGGAAAGUUGCGCAGAUCAACAUACGGGCGCCACUGCUUCAUCGCCAACACAGGAAAGUUGCGCAGAUCAACAUACGGGCGCCACUGCUUCAUCGCCAACACAGGAAAGUUGCGCAGAUCAACAUACGGGCGCCACUGCUUCAUCGCCAACACAGGAAAGUUGCGCAGAUCAACAUACGGGCGCCACUGCUUCAUCGCCAACACAGGAAAGUUGCGCAGGUAUAAUGAACUUUGAUGGUGAAGAUGCUGGUGAAGAAGCUUUAUCUCCAACGCAGGGAACUAGUCCAGAGCAACCAGAGGAAACUGGUGAACAGGAAACAGGCAGUCCAGGUUCCAUAGCCCCAUUAUCAGAAACUACUGCAGGAGCCUGCAGAGAUUUUUCCCAGCUCCCCCAAACAAUACCUCAUUUUGUCGGUCGUGUCGAGGAAUGCGAUGCCAUUCGCAGAUACCUCUGUCCAACACACAAUUGCAGAUGUGUUCUCGUCCAUGGCGUUACUGGUGUGGGUAAAACAAGCACGGCUAUCAAGGUGGCGAACGACAGAUUGAACUCCGACAGUCGCACCGUGGUUGUCUAUGUCAACUGCAGGUGUAUAAAUUCUCUGGAUGAUUUCGCAGGAAAGGUUCUUCAACAAGUUUACCAUUAUCCUGUAGAGGACCCGAUAUCUGAACUGAAAAAUCGUCUGAAAAGCCAAGAUCGCUACACGGUGUUGUUGCUGGACAACUUUGAAUUUCUGCUGCAUUUGGGCGACAUUGGGCAAGAAACUCCCCAUGAAGGAGCAAUGGUACAAAACUCAGCAUGCGAAGAAUCGAAGAUCAUGAAUUACAUCACUGAAAUGGUCAAAAUGUCGAGAAAAAUCAAGUUGCUGAUCACCUCAUCGGAGAAAGUUGUGUUUCCGGGCUUAGGGCAGGAAAAGGUCCAUCUGGCUUGCUUUAACCCAGAAGAAUCAUUUCAGCUCUUGCAAAAAGCUUGUGGAGAAAGGGUAGAAAACCAACAAUGCGUGCACCAGCUAUCAGAGAUUUGUAGCGGCAUUCCACUCGUUCUCUACACCUUAGCCUUGUCGCACAGCGACCUUCUUACUCUCGUGAAACUUAUGAACUGCUCAUCGCCACACGAUAAAUUUGAGUUCUUAAGAAAGAUUCAGGCAGUCCCAAAGGAAGAGAAGAUCGGUGUUUGCCUUGACAUUUGCUUUGGCAGACUUACCGAACAAGAAAAGAACACGCUUAUAACAUUAGCACUUCUUAGAGAGCGCUUUACUCUGCCUAGAGCUGAACAGAUUUUUCGUGCAUUGAUGGUGAGCGAACAUCAGCUCUCAAAAGAUGCAUUGGAACUGGCAAAGCGAUCUCUUUUGGAACAAAACAUCGUUGGGGGUGUUUGCUUUUAUACUUUUCUCAGAGUCAUUCGCGAGUACUGUGGAAAGAAGGCAUCAGAUCAACCAGGUUUUCGUGAGGUCUUUGUCAAUGCGCGGAAUGUGUUCAUCGAUCACUUCUUUACGUUCCUAGCGAAAACAUUUAGACUGUUCUUGAGCAAGAACGCUUCAGACGCAAUCACAGAUUUCCAACAGGACGAAGAGAACAUCAUGCAACUUAUUGAGUGGUGUGACAAUGGAGAAAUGACUGCAGAUCAAAUUGGUAUUUGCAUCGAUUUCUUCAACAGCGUUGGGGAGCUUCUGGCAAAGAUGAUUGGAAAGGAGAAAUAUGAAUUUGUUUUCAAAUUGUUGAGAAGGAAGUCUGAAGAAAUGAGAGAUCAAAAGAGAUUGAGUGAGUGCCUCACCUCCCUGGGGAUCAAACAAGUGUUCCACUGCUCGUGUUCACCAGGUCUGUGUGGUGUAGCCGCGGAACGAGCCAAGGAAUAUUUGGUGGAAGGAGACAGAAUUCAGAGCAGUCUGGACUUGGACAUCAACACUGGAAAUAGCCGGGCUCAAUGUCUUUCCAAACUUGGUCGAUGUCUCGCAAAGGAAGGCCAAUUCCUUGAAGGGAAAGAGAAGAUCCAGCAGGCAAUCGACAUUAGACGACGACAUGGGGACGAGGACAUCAUCAUGCUUGCGGCAACAUACAAUGAUAUGGCAGUGGCCUUAUCGCUCGAAGGAGACCACCAGGAAGCCAUUUUAGUCAGAGAACGACAGACCCUUCCAAUUUACAGGGAGCAGCUGGGUGAUCAUCCCUUCACGGCAACCAUCCUCAACAAUCUGUCCAAUAACUACUAUGCUCUUGGUCAAUACGACAACGCUAAACAGUAUUCAGAUGAAGCACUGAGGAUGCGACUUGAGUUGCUGAAGGAUCAUCGUGACACGGCCAAGUCUCUAUUUGAUCUUGGUAUGGUGCACAAAGAAAGGGGAGAACUCCAGGAAGCGAAAGAAUGUCUUGAAAGGUCUCAGACCAUCCAGGAGAAGGUGCUGGAUGACAACAUCAGGGAUCUUCAACGAACCAGAGAUGAGAUUGAAGAACUGCGCAACCGUCUUGCCCACCAACAGCUGGAGCAAGAUCGACCGAGUAGGGGGACACAAUCAGAGUUUGUAAAUGUAGAUAUGGUUGAUGUUUUAAUCUGAUCCCAGCAUGAAACCUAACACGAAGAGAAGCUGGGGGUUUUCUCAUUUAUUAAUGCGUGCUGGGAUUAGGCUUCUAAUUUAAAACGUUAGUUGUAGUCAGCAAAGGAUUAUCGAUAGCUUAAAAGAUCGAAGCAAUUAAGGUAUCUUUGACAGGUUGUACUAAAAUUAAAUUACCUUACAUGUAGCGGAUCCAAACAAACGAGACGGUUUUGGGAUCUUUUGGUGUUACCAACUACUAAGUGUUUCCUAAAAACAAAUGAAAAUGUUUCUUAGCAACCAUUUCAGAGGACAAUUUGGCACAUCUGAAUGUGCAGCGAACGUUAUUAAAGAAGCUCUCGCAUAGAUAUUUAGGAAUUAAUAACUUCAGUUUCCAGUCUGUGGAAUUAUUCUAUCGAGUACUAAGGUGCUAAUAUCCUUGUCCUCGUCUGUUGAUGACCUAAUAUCACAUUUUAUUGUGCUGCCUUUGUAUGUUUUACGAGUCUUGUAGUAUUUCAGUAGGUUUAGUAGAGAUGCGCGCUCAUCAGAGAGGAUGACGGGCAUUGAAUCGAUUACCUUAAGCUAGCUAUGCAUAUAUGCGCGGCACCAAAGAGUCAGAUUUAGGCAAAUAAAAGAAAAAAUGAUUUUUUUCACUCUUGAAGGUGGGAAGUAACCUUUACAUUUUUCAUAUAAAAUUGUUUCUACACCUACGAAAUUUAUUUCAUGCAAAGAAGGAUACCUUGGCGGAAAACAAAAUCUCCAAGCGCUCCAGAGCGAUUGGAAAUUUCAGUAAUUAAUAUCUUGACGUUUUCAGCUUAAGGUUUACAUUUUACAUUUCGUGGUGAUAACUAAAGACAAAAGUGUGGUUAAGACUCGCGCCUAUGGAUUGAUAGAUUCCCUUGGAAAUUUUUUAUGUUCCAAAAGACUACAAUUCGUACGU